UAUCUUUCUCAUUCUUUUUUCCGUUGAAACUCUAAGAGUCUAUAUUGUGUUUGAUAGCGUUGGCCAUGGGUUUGGACUUGUCCCCAAAGUUUCCCCAGAAAAGAAUAUUUGAAGGAGAAGGUGGAUCAUACGACACUUGGUCAAGUUCAGAAUUGGCUGAGUUGAAGGUUGGGGGAGCAAAGCUUGCGCUCCAGCCUCGUGGUUUUGCUCUUCCCCACUAUGCAGAUUCCUCCAAAAUUGGUUAUGUUCUUAAAGGUACUGAAGGAGUAACGGGAAUGCUGCUUGCUAAUUCUUCAAAAGAGGUAGUGUUAAAGCUUCAGAAAGGAGAUGUAAUACCAGUGCCUCUAGGAGCUACCUCAUGGUGGUAUAAUAAUGGAGAUUCAGAAUUUGUUAUGGUUUUCUUGGGAGAAACUUCCAAAGCUUACGUUCCUGGAGACUUCACCUACUUCUUCUUAUCUGGAGGUAUAGGAAUAAUGGCAGGAUUCUCAUCUGAAUUCACUCGUCGAGCAUAUAAUCUCAAGAACCAGGAAGAAGCAGAGAAGCUCGCUAAAAGCCAAACUGGUUCGUUAAUCAUCAAGAUAGAAGAAGGAAUCAUCAUGCCACACCCUCACAAGGACCAUCAUCAUAAAAUGGUUUAUAACAUCGACGCUGCAUCAGCUAAUGUUGACGUGAAAAACGGCGGUAUCUUGAAGAUACUAACGUCAUAUAAACUGCCGUUGCUUGAGCAAGCAGGGUUAAGUGUGAGUCAAGUGAAACUGGAGGCUAAUGCCAUGUACUCGCCGACAUUCACUACCGAUGCAGCAACUCUACUUAUUUAUGCUGUUGAAGGGAGUGGAAGUGUACAAAUUGUGGGUAUCAAUGGUGAGCGAGUCCUGGACACCAACAUAAAGGCUGGCCAAAUGUUUGUAGUGCCAAAAUUCUUCGCUGCUGCUGAAAUUGCAGGCAGUGAAGGGCUGGAGUUUCUCUCUGUUUUAACUUCUACAGAGUUUUGUGUUGAGGAGCUUGCGACUAAGCAGUCAGUGUGGAAUGCCAUUUCCCCUGUAGUUUCACAAGUUGCUCUUAAUCUGACACCCCAGUUUACAGAAGUCUUCAAGUCCAACCUUACCAAAAACUCCAUUAUUAUUCCUUCAACCAAUUAGAUUUAGAAUAAGUACGUGUAUUUUAUAUUUGGAAGUUUAUUUAAAGGGUAGGAGUUAUCCACCCCCGUGUGAACUCUUAAUCUUUUGUGUUGUUGUUUUAAUGACUUCUUUUUAUUUA